ACAGUGAUUAAUGUUUGUGUGAAUUCGAUUUGUAACGUUUGUAGUCUCGAAUGGUGGUCUUUCGAGUUACUCGUAUUGCUUUCUGGGCUUCUGCCUAAUCCGGAGCUUGAAACUUCAGUUCUUUCCAUUUGUCUCAAUACUAUUGAUACACUCUAUGCAAUCACAUACGGAUUUGCUGCUGCUGUAAGCACAAGAGUCUCGAAUGAACUUGGAGCGGGAAAUCCAAGAGGAGCGCGUGUGGCAGUUAACGCCAUCAUGAUCCUUGCAGUUGUCGAGACAAGUAUAGUCAGCAUGAUUGUAUUUUUCAAUAGGCACAUUUUUGGGUACAUUUUCACAAAUGAAAAAGAAGUUGUUGAUUAUGUGACAAAAAUCACCCCUCUUCUAUGUGUAAACAUCAUAAUGGAUAGUUUACAAGGAAACUUUUCAGGUAUUGCAAGGGGUGUGGGAUGGCAACAUUUAGGGGCGUACGUGAAUCUUGCUGCCUUUUAUUUUGUUGGCAUCCCGGUUGGUGCUUUUUUAGGGUUCUACACCUCACUAAGAGGAGAGGGCUUGUGGAUCGGAAUACUAGUUGGCGUCAUCAUUCAAGUUAUUCUACUUUCAGUUGUUACAUUUUGUACGGAUUAUGAAAAACAGGCAACAAAGGCAAGGGGGAGACUAUUUGAGGAAGAAUGCUCAAGAGAAGAUACAACAAUGUGAAGCCAUAUU